UAGAUCCGACCGGAAUCUAAAACCAACAAAAAUCGGAAAUUUAAACACAUUGGCCUUCCCUUUCUUACUCCGUCGACAUCUCCACAAAACCUUGUUUUGGAGCUCCGUUUUCUUGUUCACGACUCCAAUUAAGACCUAUCAAACAAAUUCCCUUCUUAACUUAUACAUAUUCCUAUUAAAAAUCUCACAAUUUCUCACUUGAUCUUGUUCAUACCUAAAUUGACUUGCGAAUUUCCAGAAACUAUAAUCUGAUUUUUCAUAUUUUGCCGGAAUUUUUAUCGUAAUUCGAGCUAAUCGCCGAUUAAUCUCGCCGGAAAUCAUGAAUCGUCAAUUAUCGACGCCGGGAAACCCGAUUAAUAUGAACACACUUACGAGGAAGAUUGAUGUCGAUAAUCGGUAUUCUUUAGAGUAUUAUUAUCGAAUCGCUGAUACUCUUCUCAAACAGGCAGGUGUGUAUCGAGAAGAGAAGAAUAUAGUGGACUUGUAUGUUAUGCUCAUUAGGUUUUCAAGUUUGGUGUCUGAAACUAUACCCUUCCAUCGGGAUUAUCAGGCUUCACAUCCUAGAGAAAGAGUUUACAAAAAGAAAUUGCUGGCAGUGAUUGACGAGCUGGAAUAUUUGAAGCCCGAGUUUCAGCGUCGAGUAAAAGAACUUAACAAGGCGUAUACAGAAAAGCAACAAAAUAAAUUUGAUGGCAGAGAGAAGACCUCAUAUGGCUCAGAAACAUCUUUGGCAUGGCCCUCUGGUUAUACUCCUAGUUAUGAGGGCAAGCAGCUACAACCUGCUGGCAGAACACUUCAGUCUUCAUGGAACCAGAGUAGUGAUUUCCAUGAUGCUUCAACUUCGAUGCCAUUUGAGAAAAAGUUCUCUAAUCUGUCUUUAGCGGUGCCACUUCCAAAUCAGGAUACAUUGUCAAGACACUCUUUUUUAGGUCCUAAUGGACUUCGUCGUCAGUGGCAAGGACCAGUUGCAGAUAUUAAGGUGUCUUACCCAAGCCGUGCUGAGUUAACUCCAGCUGAAGAUUCAUGCCUCAUUCAAGGUAUACAAAAUGAAGCUCGAGUUCAUAAGGAUGAAAGUAUAGGACAAGAUAUGGCAGCAGUCCUCUCUUUAGACAAUGGUACCUGGUCUCCUCGUCAAGAGGACUUGUCUGUGGGAAUUAUAAGGCAGCCGGUCCCUCCCCCUGUACUUGCUCGAAUUCAGCCAGAUUAUCAUCCUAUCUCCCCAUCAAGAGUGGCUGAUCCAAGACCUGGACCAGCUAAGCCUUCAGAGAAUGGGAAGGAUGGGAUACAGAAUCCUAAUUCAUAUCAACAUCUGCAUAUUCCUGUGAGAAUGAUGGAAGAUUUCUUAAGAUUAGCACAGAAAAAUACGGCAAAUAAUCUUGAAACAUGUGGAGUUCUUGCGGGUUCACUGAAAAACCGGGUGUUUCACAUCACUACUUUAAUUGUUCCAAAGCAAGAGUCAACAUCUGAUUCAUGCCAGACAUUAUGCGAGGAAGAAAUAUUUGAAGUUCAGGACAAAGCAUCACUAUUCCCACUGGGAUGGAUCCAUACACACCCAACACAGACAUGUUUCAUGUCCUCGGUUGACCUGCACACUCAUUACUCGUACCAGAUCAUGUUGCCGGAAGCAAUUGCAAUUGUUAUGGCACCUACGGAUUCAUCCAGUCCGCAUGGGAUAUUUCACUUGUCUGAUCCUGGAGGCGUUUCUGUGAUCCGGAAAUGCGAUCAACGUGGAUUUCAUCCUCAUGAAGAACCAUCAGAUGGUAGCGCACUAUAUGAACACUGUUCUCAUGUUUAUUUGAACCCAAAGUUGAGGUUUGACGUGAUCGAUCUUCGAUAAACAGUACCGUCACUUUUGUAAUUAGGGAAAUUAAUUUUCAGUUCAAGCAAAUCACAUAAUCAUUUGUACAGCUAUAAUCAACUGGUCAUAUUUGUAAAGCUUAUUGUUAUUUUGUUUGUGAAGGGGUUUUUUAUUGCUGUUU